UAGAAUCGGGGUAAAAAAAAUGUAUGGCAACACUUCUCAAAUAUGCUCUGUCUCACAAGCGGCACGCCAACCAUUCGUCUAUUUACUUCUCUGUCUACGGUCAGCGUAGUUUAUUAAAGGUCAGUGAAAAAUGUCCACAAUGUUGGCCAACGUAAAGAAUCGGUAUAAGAUGGCAGGCAUUAUAUGAAUCAAUGAGUAUACAAACACAACAUGAGUAUUUAGAAUCUAUUUACUUUGGUUAUGGUUACCAUGGUGCUCUUAAUGGAGAAUAACAAACGAAUCCAAUAUUAUUGAAUAAAAAUUUGGGAACCAGCUAUAGGCAUUAUAUUAGGUAUUUAUGUUAUCUUUUUAGUAAAAAGGCAAGGUGAUCUUCGUGAAACUGAUGGCGAGCAGUUUAAGAUAGGAGGGCACCGCGCCGGGUGCUGUGGCGGGCGCCAUGAACCGCUACGUGGUGCUGCAGCAGCUGGGCGACGGCACGUACGGCUCCGUGGCGCUGGCGCAGCGGCGCGACACCGGGGAGAAAGUUGCCAUCAAACGCAUGAAACGGAAAUACUAUUCCUGGGACGAGGCUAUGAACCUUCGCGAGGUAAAAUCACUGAAGAAGCUCAACCAUGCCAACAUCGUGAAGUUGCGCGAGGUCAUUCGCGAGAACGACACGCUGUACUUCGUGUUCGAAUACAUGCGCGGCAACCUGUACCAGCUCAUCCGCGACGCCGAGCGGCCCUUCCCGGAGCCGGUGCUGCGCAACAUUCUGUACCAGGUGCUGCAGGGCCUGGCGCACAUGCACCGCCACGGCUUCUUCCACCGCGACCUCAAGCCCGAGAACCUGCUGUGCGCGGGGCCCGAGCUGGUGAAGAUCGCGGACCUGGGGCUGGCGCGCGAGGUGCGCUCGCGCCCGCCCUACACGGACUACGUGUCCACGCGCUGGUACCGCGCGCCCGAGGUGCUGCUGCACGACACGCACUACGGCGCGCCCAUCGACCUGUGGGCGCUGGGCUGCAUCAUGGCCGAGCUGUACACGGGCCGGCCGCUGUUCCCCGGCAGCUCGGAGAUCGACCAGCUGCACCGCAUCGCCGCCGUGCUGGGCGCGCCGGCGCAGUGGCCGGCCGGCCUGGCGCUGGCGGCCGCGCUGCGCUUCCGCUUCCCGGGCGGCGCGGGCGUGCCGCUGGCGCGCGUGGUGGCCGGCGCCAGCGCGCCCGCCGCCGCGCUGCUGGCCGCGCUGCUGCGCUACGCGCCGCCCGAGCGCCCGUCCGCCCCGCAGGCGCUGAGGUUUCCGUAUUUCGCCGUCGGCGCCGCGCUCGUGCUGCCGCCGCCGGCGUCGCGGCCCAGACGGAAUACUAUCCGUGCAGAGAUUGAAAAUGCCCCUGCAGUUGUUCCCGCGUCUACCAACGUACAGCCAGUAGCCCCUACCCCUUUACGUGACCGCUUUGCUGAUAUACUGGGCGGCGAGGUGGCGACGCCGGCGCGGCGCGCGCGCGGCCGCAGCGUACUGGGCGCGCCGGGCCGCGCCGCGCCGCCCCGCCCCGCGCCCCCGCGCCCCGCGCCCGCCGCCGCCGCCUACCUGGGCGCCGCGCGCUACGUGGCGGGCGCGAGGAUCGACACCACGCUGUUCCACCCGCUGGCCCUGCGCGCGCGCCAAGAAGCGACCGCGGUGGGCAGCGGCGCGCCGCGCGUGGACUGGGCGGCGAAGUAUCUGCGCUGAUGGGGUCUAGUGGUGCAUGUGUUUGUUGAGACGUUUCGAUGAAUGUUUUGUAAUUUAAAAGAUGUAAAUAAAAUCAAAUAAGUAAGUCAGCCGGAAAUUAAUAAAUCAAGAGUCGAAAGAUGCUUCGAAUACUCACGAAA